AUGGUAGCUUUUAUAGAAGGUAAUAAAAGCCAGUUGUUAGUUGUGUAUGCCACACAGACCGGCCAAUCAAAGGCAAUAGCAGAGGAUCUCACUGAGAUGCUGUUUAGCAAGGGAGUGGUUCAAAUGCUAGCCGAACCAAUGUGUAUCAGUGAAUUCUUUAAAAAUCACAGUCUAGAAAGUGAGAGCUACAUCAUUUUUAUUGUUUCGACCACUGGAGACGGACUUGGAGAUACAAACUACAGUAAUUUUUGUAAUUUCGGCAAAACAUUGGAUAAAAGAUUGAAAGAAAUGAAUGCCAGUUCGUUCUGUCCUUCCACGUGGGCUGAUGAUGCCGUCGGAUUAGAAACGGUCACGGUUGAUUGGUUGAAAGCUGUGGUCGAUAAAGUGGUGGAAUUAUUUGGUGGUAGUAGUAGUAAUAGUAGCAGUAGUAGUAGCAGUAACGUUUAUGGCUUCAGUAAUAACGAUAUAUCUACUGAUAUGGUUGUCGAGAAAUGUGUGGCGACCAGUUUGAGCUUGGCAGAAAUAAACAAUGUUAAAUUGUGCACCCAGAAUAUGCAGAAUGUUAAGCAAAUUGUCAAAAUGGAUUUUGAUGUUUCUGGCUGUUUCAGAGAUGUCGUAGACAACGACGAUACCAACAACAAUAUCAGCAAUGAUAACAUCAACAACACUAGCAUCAGCAACAACAAUGACAUCAAUGGUCAUGACAUCUACAACAUCAUCCAGCCUGGAGAUACCGUUGGCAUUUUAUGUCCUAACGACGUACGUGAAGUUAGUGAGUUGUUGGAGUUGUUGGGAGUCAACUUGCCUCAACAACAGCAUCAACAACUACAACAACAUCCAACUGCAAAGUUUGUCAUUACUGAUGAGGUGGUGGCCAGCAAGAAAAAAAUCACUUUGCCUGAUGGUGGUGUUAAUGUCUUUGAUCUUUUUAUGUGGAUUGUUGAUGUCAGGGCCGUUCUGAAAAAGGCAUUCUUACUUGCUUUAGCUCAAAUGACUACAGAUCCAAUAGAACAAAGGUGCCUUAAAAUACUUAGCAGUCGGCAAGGUUCCGAAAUGUACAACCAGCUUUGCCUGGGGUCCAGAUUAGGGAUUAGGGAUGUGCUGAUUUGCUUUCCUUCUUGUAAACCUUCGCUGGGAUUGAUUUACGAAAACCUUCCAAAGCUGUUACCUAGGCCUUAUUCUAUUUGCAGUGUUUCCAAAAAUUCCUCCUCUCACUCUAUCAUCUCCAUCCUGUUAUCCGUUGCACAAUUUGAAUCCAUUGAUUUUCAUCAACAACAACAUCAACAACAGCAAUCAAAACAUCAACAACAACAAUUAGUAACCAGAUACGGCUUGUGCACUGGAUGGCUUUAUAACAUUGCAAUCAACUUCAAAUAUCUGCAACAACAAUCACCUGAACAACAACAACAACAAUCACCUGAACAACAACAACAGCAUCACCAUUCACAACAGUUACAUCAUUUUUUUAAGGUCGCCAUGUACCUGAGGAGGCCCACAAAUUUCCGACCGCCCCCACUUGAUCGGCCCAUCAUCAUGGUUGGCCCUGGAACCGGGGUGUCCCCCUUUAUAGGGUUUCUCGAAUAUAGGUCAAGAUUGAUUAAAGAAAUGACUUCAAAAUUGUCUGAAAAAGAUAAGCCAUCGUCGUCAUCAUCAUCAUCAUCAUUUUCUUCAUCUUCAUUGUCGUCGGGAGAAUCCUGGUUAUUUUUUGGCUGCAGAUGUCAGGAUGAUUAUAUUUUUAAGCAAGAGUUGGAACAACAUUACAAAGAUGGAGUCCUAACACGUCUGCAUGUUUGUUUUUCACGUCAGUCCGACUUGAACGCCCCUCGAUACGUUCAAGAUGGUAUCAUCCAGUAUAGGCAAGAGUUAGCUAGAGUUAUUGUGGAGAAAAAUGCGCUGGUAUAUAUAUGCGGACAUGGUCAGAAGCUAAGUAAAAGUCUUCACGAAACUUUCAAAGACCUUCUGAAGUCUUUUGAAGAGUCGACGUAUAAAGAUUAUUACGAGAAAAUGAAGGCAGAUAAAAGAAUUAUUGAAGAUGUCUGGACAUGAUGGUGAUGAAAAUGAUGAUGACGAUGAUAACGUAACGUAAUGAUGAAGUUAUGAUCUAACAAUUUUUUGGAUUUUCUAAUUUUAAAUGGCUUGCAAUGAAGUGAUAAUGUUUCAAUCAAUCUUCGUUUGGCAUCCAGAGACCCCUCUUCUUUGCCAUUAAUUUUUUUGCGCCAAAUUAGACUAUCAGUUGUAUCCAUUUCAUUUAAUCGGUGUUGCCGGCAUUCGUCCUGCGUCGUUCUGGUUUAGAUGAUAUAUAUAUUAUUAUUAUGUAGUGUUAUAUACGGUUAUAUUGAUUUAUAUAUAGUUAUUGUAGAGUUGCUUUCGAUGCUGCUAAUACCACCACGACCAUUGAAAUUAUCCUUGCAAAUGUUACUUUAUAGUAAUUAAUUAUGUGGUAGUAUUUCCAUAUGGCCUGACAUUAUAAUUCACGUUCCUGAUUUCAUAGUUGAUUUAAAUAUUAAUUUUUACACCAUCGUGUGUUCUGUUCAACACGACAGCAGCCUGAGUAGUUUUAAUUCAAACCGUUCAAAGUACACGUUUUUAGAUUAUUUUCAUAAAAUUCCUGUAAUUCUAGAGUAGUGGUACAAUUAUAAUUAUAUAUGCAUUAAUUUUUGAGUUUAAAUUGUUUUAAAUGUUUGCUAUUUUUCAAUUUAAACUGGAUUUAUACCGGAUUCCAUGAUUCAUUUUUUAUUUUUAAUAACCUAAGUUAUUUUUUAAACAUCUUACUUAACGUGUAUUACAACUUAAGUUAACUUUUAUAAGAACUUAUUUUUUGAUUAUUAUUUUAUUUGAAGUUUCGUUCUUUUAAAAAUUAAAAUCGAGAAUUAAGUUUAUUUAAUUUUAUUUUAAAUUGUUAGGUAAUUGUUAGUUUUUGAUUGA